AACACUUACCUUAAUACACUGACGGAAAUUAUGUUUCUUCCGGGAAGCAUUCUCGUCACGCAAACCUCCAUUCAAGAUGGCAGCAGCUAUGGAUGUAGAUACGCCGAGCGGCACAAACAGUGGAGCCAGCAAGAAGCGGUUUGAAGUGAAGAAGUGGAAUGCUGUGGCUCUGUGGGCCUGGGACAUUGUGGUGGAUAACUGUGCAAUCUGUAGGAACCACAUCAUGGAUCUCUGUAUAGAGUGCCAGGCCAACCAAGCUUCUGCAACCUCUGAGGAAUGCACUGUAGCCUGGGGUGUCUGCAAUCAUGCUUUCCAUUUCCACUGUAUCUCUCGCUGGCUGAAAACCAGACAGGUGUGCCCUCUGGACAACAGGGAGUGGGAGUUUCAGAAAUAUGGACAUUAGCUGUAUUAUUGUUGGUCAUUUUCUUGGCUAUUGCAAGAGUCACACUUACUGCUUCUGUUCUCUCCCGCUUGUAAACAAGUUGUUAUUUUACACCCAUGUUUGUUUUGGUAUAUUGUAAGUAUACAAAUAAAAAUGAAUGUUGUCACAAAAAAA